CAGACAGCAAAAUAUUUGAAUCAGCAUAAAUGAACUAAAAGUGUUCAAAUGUCGCCUUUUGCUAUUUAUUGAAUUUGUUCCAGUAGAUGUAUGGGGGAUAGAAUAACCAGUUUACCAGCUGAUGUACAGUCAUUACUGAGAACAGGAGUGGCAAUAACAAAUGUUGCACAGUGCGUUGAGGAGUUAGUCGUCAAUGCUUUAGAUGCAGGUGCCACUUGUGUGGCCAUUAGAGUAGACCUACCAUGCUUUAAAAUUCAAGUGGUUGAUAAUGGUAAAGGAAUACGACAAGAUGAUUUACAGGUUGUUGGUGAAAGGUAUGCGACCAGUAAAUGCCAUGAAGUAAGUGAUUUAGAAAAUUUGCAUUACUAUGGGUACAGAGGUGAAGCUUUGGCCAGUCUUCGAGAUAUUACUAGUAUAUUAGAGAUCAACUCUCGCUCACAAACCAGUACGCAGACUUUUUGUAAAAUAUUUCAACAAGGGAGAGCACUGCCAAUAUCUGAUUCUACUGUUCCAAGAACAAGCGCAGGGACCACUGUUACAGUACAUGAUCUGUUCUACAACUUACCAGUCAGAAAGAAAUGCUGUAAUCCAGCAUUGGACCUAGAAAAGAUUCGACAGAAAGUUGAGAGUAUUGCUCUUAUAAAACCAUCUGUUUCUUUGUCUUUGCGAAAUGACGUGUCUGGUCAUGUGGUUUUACAAACUCAUAAAACAAAUAGUAUUUUGAAUACAUUUACUUAUCUGUUUGGACCUGGUAAAUCCAAAAGUCUGACAGAGGUUUCAGGAAAAGAGGUUGAUUUUGCUAUUGAGGGGUACAUAGGGAAAAAAGGUGCCAAUAAAAAGGAUUAUCAGUUCAUUUACAUAAAUGGGAGAACUGUUCUCAAAACGAAAUUGCAUAAAGUUGUCAAUCAUCAACUAUCAAAGUCAUUGAUAUUGAGAAGGAAACUUGAGCUAUCUACUAAUAAAUUCAGGGGUCACAUUAUGAAUACAAGUCCAACUAAGACUACUGAUCAACAUGGUAUUUACGUAUUAAAUGUUACCUGUCCUUACAAAGAAUAUGACAUAACAUUUGAACCAGCCAAAACCCUUGUUGAAUUCAAAGACUUUGAUUUACUUCAACAUUGCUUAGAGAAAACUGUGACGGAUUUUCUAAAGAAAUACAAUCUUCACUUAGGGAUUCUUGCAGAAAAUUUUGUGAAGAAAGAUCCUAAAGAUUUUAUGGACGACAAAAAUGAAAAAGAAGGAGCUUCAAAAACAGAUGUUGUUGGGCUGAAAUUUAAACCAGAAAUAAGUACGAAAGAUAGAAACGGAUUGUUUUCAAAAAUUGUGAAAAGAAAAGUAAUAUCUGACUUAUCAUCAUCUAGUGAAAGUCCUGGCAGUGUUUUAACAAGUGAUGAAAAAGAAUCAAAUACAAAUGAUACCAUUGAUAUGUACAACAAUGAUGAACUUUUCACCCCUUCAGAUCAGCAAAUGAAGGUUACAACUCCGGGUUCUCCUAAACCUGUUGUUUUUAAUUCACCCAUUAAAACACAAUCACAUAGUAAUGGAAGCACAUGUUUGGGUAAAGAAAUCAGUGAAGACAACACAAGCUCAAAAAGAAAAGAUAGCUGCAGUGAUGGUGAAUUAAGUGAAGAUCCAAUACCAACCCAGCAAAGGGUCAAAAUGUCCACUAAGAAAAACAUUAUUUGUAUUGAUACACCUAUAGUAAGGGAAGCUAAAAUUAAUGUGUCAUCUUUAUCUAAACUCAGAAAAAGAAAGAGUUCAGAAAAUUGUACUUUAUUAACAAAGACCCUUCUAGAAAAACAAAAGAAAUUUACAAAGUUAAAAGAACUAAAGUGUUCAGAAGAACAACAGACAGACACUACAGCUGAUAUUCUAGAAGACCCAGACUUCAAUAGCAAAAAUUGUAGUACUGAGUUUGGAGAAAUGCAAAAUGAUGUACCUGUUUUCACCUCUUCACUACAAGGACUAAGGAAGCUUAGGAGUAAAGAACCUGGGAGUAUGAAAGGUCAGAUAUCUGAACAUUCUCUUCAGGCACUAAGGAAGUAUAGGUUACAAAGUCAGAUCACAAAAUUAGAUCAAGUCACUAACCAACCAAUAAAUAAUGCACAACAAGGUAAUGAUAUGUCAGGAACUUUGUCAAGUAAUUGUGAUGAAAAAAAUGAAAGAAUUGUCACUAAUGCUGAACCUGCUCCUGGAAAUUUGGUGGAAAACACAACUAUUAAACAUGUAAGACAAACUCAUCAUCACAAUGAAAACCUGUUUGAAGAUGGCAAAAGUGACUCAUCAGCUUCUGUUUGUAAUUUGACUUCUUUAAAACCUCAUGAAAAAUUUCAUUGCCAACCAGUUCUUGGAAACAAGAUUGAUGAUGAUAGAUUAAAUGAUCAGGCAGAUUCUUUGAAGUAUACUAGUACAAUUUCUGAAAUGCAUCAUGAACUUCAACCAUCAACCAGUAAAGAUUUUUCAAAGUCCAGUCCAAUUGAUAUUGAAGAGGCAUCCAUUAAAAUUUUCGCCAUCAAGAGAAUAUGA